AUGACGGUAGUGAGGAUGUCUCGCGACCUGCGCAAACAGCCGCGCGUCAGUUACGCUGAGCUAGAGCCGCCGGCCGCGGACGAGUAUGUGUUGUGCACGGAAUGCCGCGACUACGUGUACGAGUACUGCUCCAUACACGGCCCGCUGCUUGUAGUGCCCGACGACCAGGUGCCGGCGCCGGCGCGCUGCCCGGCCGGAGUGCCCCGCGCUGCGCUUACCAUCCCGCACGCCUUCCUGCACCUCGCGCGCUCCGGCAUCCCAGGAGCUGGUGUGGGAGUGUUCAGUUCGCUGGCGUUGCCCAGUGGGGUGCGCUUCGGCCCCUACCGCGGCGUGCGGGCCAAGGCGGCCACCUCCUUGUAUUGCUGGCAGAUAUACGAUCGUAACGGCAAACGCUCGCACGUAAUAGACGCCGAAGACGAGAACAAUUCCAACUGGAUGCGCUAUGUGAACUGCUCGCGACAUUGGUGCGAGCAGAACCUGCUCGCUUACCAGUACAGGGGCGAGCUGUAUUACAGGACGAUCAAAGCAAUUCCCCGUUUCACGGAGCUGCUGGUGUUCUACGGCGCGCAGUUCGCGAACAUGCUGCGCGUCGACUUACGCGCCUACAACCGCCCCAACGAGUACGCGCAGAAAUUCGGAGCUCCUCCCAAGAAAACUGCGAAGACCCUAAAAGAGACACCACAUACCGUAUCUUCCAAGGAAGUUGAACCUAAAUUAAAUCAAACCAAACGAGUAAACAGUAACAAUAAAGAAAACCAACAAAAAUGCGAAAAGAAAUCAGAUGAACCAAAAGUUAAGAAACCUAAAAAAUCUUCCAUCAAAAAAUACGUACCGCCGAUAAAAAAGACUAAAGAAACUUCAAAUGAACCAAAUAUUCCAAAUAACGAAAACAUCGAAGCCUUUAAAAAUACUUCUAGUGACAAACAGAAUGAUGUAGACGAACUUUACCACUGGGUAAAGAAAGCUAAACACACGCAACCAACUACAACAAAUACAGAAAACAUAGAUGCGAAUAAUAAUUCACAAACCGAUACAAAACAGAUCAAUAUAAAAGUAACCGAAAAUUUCCUUCAAAGCGAUCUACUUUGUGAUAUAUGCAAUUAUAAAACACAGUCACAAAAAUCUUUGAAGCUUCACUUGAUUUUACACACACAGGACAAAAAUGUAUUGAAGUGUAGCUAUUGUGGAUAUAUGACUAAGGAAAAAUGUAACUUAAUUAGACACUUGAAAAGCCACACGGGUGAUAAACCAUUUUCGUGCAAGGCUUGUGAUUCCAAAUUUACACAGAGCGGUUACUUAAAAGAUCACAUGAGAACUCACACGGGGGAAAAACCAUUUUCGUGCAAGGUUUGUGAUUCCCAAUUUACACAGAGCGGUAGCUUAAAAAUACACAUGAGAACUCAUACGGGGGAAAAACCCUUUUCAUGUAAGGUGUGCAAUUACAAAUGUAUACAAAGCAGUACCUUAAAAAGACACAUGAGAACUCAUACGGGGGAAAAACCCUUUUCAUGUAAGGUGUGCAAUUAUAAAUCCACACGUAGCAGUACCUUAAAAACACACAUGAAAACACAACACUCUGGUGAGAAAUAUGUUGAAACGCUAUAAAUGUUCACAUAGCAGCAAUACACACACAUUCAAGAACUCACAUUGAUGAGAAUAUAUUAAUUUAAUUUAUUUAUUUUUGCUUUAUUCUUCUCAAAUAUGCCGAGAAGGCAAUUUUUUUAUGUUUUUUUAUGAUGUUUUUAUGUAUGUUUUCUAUUAUUUUCGUUACAUUAAGAGGGGUCUCUCCGUCACUCGCUCCAUACAAACGUAGUUCGUCUCUCAUUGUCCAAACUUGGGAACUAAUAUCUCUGUGGUUUUCCAGAUUUCCGUUAAAAUAUUCGGUUUCAAAGUUACGCGGUCUUAAAAAUUCACAUACAA